AUGGCGGCAGCAGCAGCACCACCGAGAGGGCUAGCGUGGAGCUCAUCGUGUCCUGGCCAGAGCAGUGACCUGGUGCUCUGGAGUCACUUACUGGUGGCCCCUUCUCGUGGCCGAGGCUGCAGAGCUGGCCGGGCUCGGAGUCAGGCGUCUCCGCCCCGCGCGUCUUGGUCGCCAUCCUUGGCCCAUCUAGCGCAGCGUCUUGGCUUUCCAUCCUCGACCGUGUACUGGUCUGCACUUGCCGGCCUCUUCGCCCGCGCCCUCCUCCAGGGCCCCGCCGCCGCCCUGGCGCUUCUUGCAGGCCCCGCCGAGGCCGCCUGCGCCCUGUGCCAGCGGGUGCCCCGUGAGCCGGUGCGCGCCGACUGCGGCCACCGCUUCUGCCGGGCGUGCGUGGUGCGCUUCUGGGCGGAGGAGGAUGGGCCCUUCCCCUGCCCUGAGUGUGCUGAUGACUGCUGGCAGCGCGCUGUGGAGCCCGGCCGCCCGCCGCUCAGCCGCCGCCUGCUGGCGCUCGAGGAGGCGGCCGCAGCACCUGCGCGCGAUGGCCCGGCCUCGGAGGCUGCGCUGCAGCUGCUGUGUCGCGCUGAUGGGGGUCCGCUGUGCGCCGCCUGCCGGAUGGCAGCAGGGCCCGAGCCGCCCGAGUGGGAGCCCCGCUGGAGGAAAGCACUGCGCGGCAAGGAGAGCAAGGGGUCUGUGGAGGUCAUGAGAAAAGAUCUGAAUGAUGCUCGGGACCUGCAUGGCCAGGCUGAGUCUGCUGCUGCUGUGUGGAAGGGACAUGUGAUGGACCGCAGAAAGAAGGCGCUGACUGACUACAAGAAGCUCCGGGCUUUCUUUGUGGAGGAGGAGGAGCGCUUCCUGCAGGAGGCAGAAAAAGAGGAGGGGUCCCCUGAGGAUGAGGAUGCUGACCCUGCAGAGAGGUUCAGGUCCCUCCUGCAGGCCCUGUCAGAGCUCGAGCGGAGGCACCGCAACCUGGGCCUCAGCAUGCUGCUUCAGUGAUGCCAGGCAGAGGAAGCUGGCUCAACCCUGGCCCAGCCCCCAGCAGCUCCUCCAUCCGCCUCCUUCAGGACCCCGGAGGGUCUUCACCUGAGUAUAGACUGGGUUUUGUACCGUAGGUGCCAUCUUGGGCUGUCCCCUUAGCAGUGUCCAUGUUUUUUUCUUCGGAUGUUCUUGUUUCUGGGCUAUAAAAGCCAGUUUCACUGUGGAGACCUGAAGUCGUGGGGGGCAUCCGUAACCCAAGUGUGUCCUGUUCUCUCUCUUCAUAAAGCUUAUUGUUGCUGCUCCUGAGUCUCUUCA